AUGACCUUUGCGAGAAGACUCCUCGGUGUCAGGAUCAACACGAGAACGGGAGGCGACGGAUCCGACACUCGCUGCUGCACCAAAAAAACUCAGUCAGAACGAGCCCUGGGAGUCAAAAUCCUCUCCACGGGGGGCCUCUCCACGGGGGGCCUCUCCGCUGGGGGCCUCUCCUAUGCAAAUGGACCUCAGAGAGCUGGGGUCAGAGGUCAGAGUCAUGUGACCACAGAGGUGACAACAACCAAGAUACUCAUCCGCUUCUGUCAAAGGCCACCCGUGUCCUUCCUACAGGUCAAAGGUCACCCGUGUCCGUCCUACAGGUCAGAGGUCACCUGUGUCCUUACUACAGGUCAGAGGUCACCUGUGUCCUUCUUACAGGUCAAAGGUCACCCGUGUCCUUCCUACAGGUCAGAGGUCACCUGUGUCCUUCCUACAGGUCAGAGGUCACCUGUGUCUCUUGUUUGGUGA